AAUGUAGCAUAUUGUAGGUAGCUCUUAUAACCAGGAAACUGUAUAGUGUGUCGAGCACACGUCUUGAGACUUUUUCCAAGUGGAUUUCAAAUAAGCUGCUGCUUAAGUAGAUUUUGAAAUGGGGGGAAAAAAAGGGCAUUUUCUUUUCACAGAGGUUCUUGUUCUGUAUGACUUCGAGACACAGUUGGAUGAUGAGCUGAGCAUAAAGUCUGGUGAUGUCAUCAAGAAUGUCCGAAAAGCAGCUGAAGAAGGAUGGCUGGAAGGAGAGCUGAAUGGCAAAAGAGGAGUUUUUCCAAACAGCUUUGUGAAGGAAAUUCCCACAGAAUUAAGAGGCGAUCACAAAAAACAACCAAGAAGCAUGCGAAAAGUUAAGUCCAUGAAAAAGGUCACAAAAUUGUGUGAAGUUGCAUUUGCAUAUUCUGCGCAGAAUCCAGAUGAGCUUGAGUUAAAUGUGGGUGAGAAGGUGGAAUUUGUCAAAGAGAUAGAAGAUGGCUGGUGGCUGGGGAAAAAAGAUGGCAAAAUGGGGGCCUUUCCAUCAAAUUUUGUCAAGGAACUUUCACCUCUGAUCCACAAUGAACUGAAUGACUCUUCAAAAAAGUCAAGACCGAAAUUUCCCGAAGCAAUAAAUAACCAAGAAGUGAAAGAAACUGAGCCACAACAGAAAAUCAGUGUGUUGCAGAGACAUGGCAAACAUCCAGAACGAUGCAAGGUAAUGUUUGACUACACUGCCUGUGCUGAAGAUGAGCUAGACCUGAAGAAAGGUGACAUUGUGACAAUAAUCAAGAAGUCAACAGAUGAUGAAGGAUGGUGGGAAGGAGAGCUGAAUGGAAAGUGUGGCUUGUUUCCUGAUAAUUUUGUGAUGCUUCUUCCUCAUGAUACGAUCUCGCCUGAUAGCAACCAUAAACCUCCAGAAAGGAAAGGAGCCUCAAAGAAGACAGGAUGGACACCAGAUUCAGGCCUGCAUAUUGGAAGCAAAACAGAUGCAUCAGAUAUGGACAAGAAAGCAGCAGGCCACAGCAAACUUGAGGCCACUCUUGCCAAGGUCAACCAGAAAGAUGAUAAAAAGGAGAACUGCCAGCUUAUGAUCGACCACCUCAACAAAGUUUUUCCAGGUCCUCCAAAGAAGGUUCCUCCACCAGUGAAGCUCAAGCCAGUAAAAAACAAGGCGAAUGAGGACCAGCCUUCAGUACUUGUCGAAAAUGAAAAGGAUCAUCCUAAAGAAACAGAUGAAUUUGAUGGAAUUCAUGUGACCUCAGAGAAACUGAGUCAUCCCACUGCAAACCGUGCUAAACCUCAAGGAAGAAGACUCCCAACACACAAUACGGGUACAAAAAUUCAAGAUUGUGCUAAGAAAGAAGUUGAAAUAAAUGAAAAAACUGAAGAUAACGAGCCAUCCAGUGGAAAACCAGGUCUUCCAAAGGCUGCAGAAAAGGCGUUACUUAUAGCAACAGUACCAAAGAACAACCACAGUACCUGCCAACUUCCAAUACUAACUUCCCAACUGGACACGAGAGUAAAGGGAGAGGAAACCAUCUGUCUAGAGAAGCUCAAGAAAGAGAUCGAGGAGCUCAGCUUGGGGAUGGAUUUGCUUAGGAACCAGUAUAUGAGAGAUAUUGAAGACUUGAAAAAUGAAAUAUCUGAUGAAAGACAGAAGAGGAUAGUUCUACAGGAGGAAGUGGAAUUGCUGAGAAAACUAACUGGUACACCUUAAUAAGAUGCUCCAUUACGUUAAGGGAAAGCACCAACAAACUGAGGAGAACCAGACGAAGACUGCUGCUAUUUUUUGUGUAAAAUGCCAAUGAUGUUUGAAUUGUCCAAUCUGACCUUUCCAUGUAAUAGUGUAGGUAUACCAGCAUGCACUGCUGGAUUUCAGUUGAUGGUUAAGACCUUGAACUGAAUCGACAAGCUCACUCCCAUCCCAAGGAUAUGCUCAACUAAUUUUCCUUCCCUCACUUCUGAGAAGGAGAAAAGCAGCCAUUCAGUAGGUGAAUGUCAUGUUAUGUAAUGUUUUACUUUUAGUGCCUUGGACCCCAAUAAAAUUAUGUAAUUUAUGUUUUGAAAUAAUGUUACAUUGAAGGUACUGUAAAUUGUCGGUGCCUCAUCCUCUCUGAGAAUAUUUUUUUUUUGUUUUACAUGCUAUUUCUGAUUAAAACAAAAAAAGUUUCAGUUUUAUUAACGUCAGGUGCCUUUGUGUCUAUCAAGCUACAGCAGCUGGCAUGUAUCAGAUCGGCUUGGUUGUUCACCAUUUAUAUAUUUAUAAUAUUUUACCAGAGAUACUAACACAGUAUUUAUUGACAAGUCUCACACUUUACCUCACCAUGCAAUCACAUACUCGUCUAAUUUUUACAAUGUGUUUGUGCUUUUUAACUUUUGCUUCUACUGAAUUGUGACAUACUGCCAGCCUGAGGACCUGGGCAGCCAUUUGGAACUUGGAAGACACAGUAGCUCCUUCAUCCUUGGAGCCUGCAGGCCUGAAAUCCACACACCUCUUGAGCUGCAGCCGAGUGUCCCGUCUGUCCCCUGGGCUUUCUGACAUUGCCAUGCAUACCCUCUGUCACAUUCUUCUGUUUCUGAGAAGUGUCACUGGCAUUGUUUUAUAGUACAGAAAUGUAACCCACAGCCUCACACUACCUGAACUACGCAUUUACUAGGUGAAUAACAGUAUGCAGUAACUGUAUCGAAAAGAAAUGUUUUAUUUCUAUUUUCUAUACAUCUAUGGACACAGGGUGAAGUAAAAGUUCACUCUAGAGCAUAACAUGAGAUCAACUAAAUAAUAUUAUUUUUGUAUUGUCUCCUUCAAUUCUAUUUUUCUACUGCUGAAGCUUACUAUCAUUAUAAAAUGUGUCAUUUUGCAGUAAUGUUAAUUACAAGUUUACAGUGAUUUUUGCUUCAUCUAGUGUUGUCACCCUGCUUUGUGUAUUUAUACUUUAUUAAAAUACCAGUUGACACAUCAGUA